GUAGUUGUAUAUCGAAUGCGAUUAAGACUAACCAAAAUGAAAAGUCUAAUUCUAGUAGUAUUGUUUGUAUUAUUCAAUGUUCAGAUGGAUAAUGCCCAGUUUGGAAGAAGUCUCAGACGUCCAUCAAAAGCUCGAGUGGGACAUCCAUCACUACCUGCUCCUACAGAACUAUACACUUUAUAUUACUUUGGACAUAAACAAAAGCUAACUUGGUUGGAAGCAAUGCAACAUUGCAAAUUGCUUAAUAUGGAUUUAGUUGCAAUUGAAUCGAAGGAAGAACACGAUUUCAUCCACGCUUUUCUGGACAAAAAUUUGAAUAAUAAAUAUGACUACUGGUUUUGGACAUCAGGAACUACAUUGGCUCACAACAAAUGGGCAUGGUUGUCAACAGGACGUCCCGUUACUUAUACUAACUGGGAAGGAACUCAGCCUGAUAACUGUAAUGGCACCGAACAUGUUCUCCAGCUUAAAUACGGAAAGACAUACGGAAGAAAGCUUGUAUGGAACGACCUCAAUCAACAUGAACUCCUUCAUGUCCUUUGUGAGGCUAGAGUUUCAAAAUCUGAAGCAGAUCUAGUUCAUCAAGUAUGCAAUUCUGCAGAUUCUUUAACUGUAUUAAGACCAUUAUACACAUAUUAUUAAAUGGUUCAUAACAUGUUUGAGGAUUGUUUGAGAAAUUAUUUAAAAUAAAGUACUAGAAAUGUU